AGGGAUUUUCAAGACGCGCGCGGAGACCGGCUUGUUCAAAAUGAGUUGUACAGUUAGGGGGAAGCCGAAGUCAGGCCGUACUUGGAAAACAGUUCGUACUGCGAAACACAGUGCAAUUAAAAAAGACAAAGGUAUACGUACAUCAUUUCAAGUUCGUAGAAAAAUUGAAGCAGAAAUUAAAAAAAUUCGUAAUGAAUCUAUUGAACGAAAAAAAGCUAAAGAUGAAUUAAAAAGAAUGAAACGUUUAAAAGAAGAAGAGAAACAUCAACGUAAAUUAGAAAAUGAACGUCGUUCAGAAAUUGUUGUACCGAUAACAAAUCCGGCAAAACUAAAACGUUUACGAAAAAAACAAAUGCGGACAAUUGUAACACGAUGAAAAAGAAGAUUAUUUUUGGCUAUAAUAAAUUUCAAAAUAUAAUACUUUUAUAUGAAAUCUAUGGGAGUUUCUUCAAAUUUGAAGAUAAUGUUUAGCAUGAGUUAACAUUAUCUAACUCCGCCUGGAGCCUCUCUGGGUCUACUACCGGUCCCAAGCCUGGAUAAAGGAGGAGGGUUGGACAUAAGAUUAGCUACACCAUCCCGUGCAAAACUAACUCGCUGAAAAACGCUGACCAGAAAAAAUAAUUAAAACCAUUCAAACUUUACCCUGGGAGUUAGAAGGUCUUCAUUAAAAAGAGUUAUGACGUUUCAUGAUGAAAGUCGAGUUCCUUCGGAAUUCAUUAGG